AGCUCUUCUUAUGUUCAUCCCAAAAAAGCUUUAAUAAAAAAAUAAUCGUUUCUCUAUGAAGAAGAAGACGACGACGGAAGAGGAAGACCUAGCAUCGCCGACGAUUUAUUUUUGAAUUUUCUUAGUCUAAGAUAUCUCCGGCGAGGAGACGUAGAUUCAUCGAUCUAAUAUUCAUCGAUCUCGUUCUUGUGGCUUUUUAAAUCGCCCAGACUUUUAAGAGACGCUGGAUUUGAUAUCCGAGAAGAGCCGUUUGAUAAAUACGUAAUCGAUUCGAGCGGUGGAUAGUGAAAUUACGGCGGAGGAGUUGAAUCGGAUCUCGGUGGUGGUGUGUUUCUGUAUUUGAGUGAGGAGGAAGGAGAAAUAUAAAAAGUAGGUGGAGACUCAGGUAUAUGAAAACCCUAAGUUCUUUGAUUACUACUGCUCUUUGUUUAUUGGUUCAAUCAAGGAGAGAUCUGUUUUGCUUAUGGACGUCAAUGGAAGAUCCCUUAGGCUGCGAUACGCUUCGAAUAUUCUUUUCGCCAUGGAAGAUCCCUUAGGUUUCUGCAAUUUUCUUGGGAGAUCUCUUAAUCAUGAGAACGAUUUCUUUUUAACUCAUCUUCCUCAGGAACUUAGUGGACAUGAGUCUAGCCUUUACCCUUCUGAUUUGGCUCAUCUAUAUGAUAGAAUUAGGACACGAUGAUACUCUGAUUUUGGGCAAGUUUAAUGGAUCUUGGCUUCACGCGGCCAUUCAAGUUUUUCCAGAAUCUUCGAUUUGGCCAAGGGCAGUGAUCUGAAGUCAGAUUUAAUCGGACUAGAAACAUGAAUAAAUACUUGUUUUGUAUGCUUUUAAUGUCAAAACUCUGGAGGUUUUUUUCAGACUUAUAGCGCAAUCUGUCUUAAGGUGAGGUAAGCGUUCAUAAAACAAAAAUCAAGUUUUGUGGGAGUGCAUUGAAGCAUGACAAGCAAUAAAGGUGCUAUCAUCCCUCCAGAGCUUCCUUGGAAACCGGUGGCUAAAGGUAGCAGAAGUUCAACAAGGCGUGGCAAGAAACUAGUUAAACGAGUUGCAGCUUCAGAUAUUGAGUCAGAAGACAAGAGUUCAACACACACACUAGUAGCAGGAGAAUCAAAGCGUCCAAAGCUUGGCGUUUCUGUUCUAGGUCAGCAUUUCGUUGAAAGAGUAGAGCAUGUUCCGAUUAAGAAACGGAUAUUUGUGGUUAGCUCUCCAUCACCAUCACCAUCAUCAUCAAAGAGGUCAUCUGCUCAACGUGAAGGCUCAGAACAUAAGGCACAGAUCAACCAUGUUUUACCUGUUUCGAGAUUAAACCCUAAUUUGGUCUCAGACGUCCGUGAUGAAAAGCCUGAUUACAGUGUUCAUGACUUUUCUGGUAUCAAGAUACUUGCUGAUGCUGCUUGCAGUACUGAUGUGAGUAAUGAUUUUGCACCAGCUGUAGACCGUCUGCCUGCUGAAGAAUUUGCUGUUCAGCUACAAGAUACCUCAACCAUAUCAACUCAUGUUGAAGGUAACGAUUCAUCAGCUGGAACUGCUGAUGUCUCGCAUACUGCGGUUGAUUCCGGUGAUCAGAGUGGCCAAGGAAAGAGCAAUAUUGUAGCGCCUCAGAAACAUCCUCUAACAAAUUUGUGCAAUGAGUUGGCUGAUGAGCAGAGUGUAGAGCACAGCAGAGUAACCUCUGGAGGGAUUAUAGCACCUAAAAAAACCUGCAUUGCUCUUUCAAAUGAAUCCUCAACAGAAAGACCAAAGGAUAAUGUAGAAGCAAGUGAAAGUGAACCUUUAGCACCUGAUAGUGGAGCUGUAACGGUGUCAGAGAAAUUAUCAGCCGAUGAGCCAACUGAAAAAAACAAUGAAGGCCUUAAAGAUGUUAAAUUUCUCUGGGAUUUAAAUAUUCCUUGUGAUGUAGAAGAUGAAGCGUCUCGAAGAGAUGAAGAGGGAGAAAUCACAGAGUCUAUUGCCCCUAAAGGGAGCGAACCUUUUGAUGGAAGUAAACACAGUAUGGAUGGGGUAAUUGCAUCAGAUGAACAUACAAAAUUUUCAUCACCAUCUAAGCCUAAUGAUGAAGCAGCUGCUACAAAUGACAAGGAUUGCCAAUCUGGUUAUGACUCCCAGUUUGAGGAUGGAGAGUUGAGGGAACCAUACCCUUGGGAAGAAAAUGAAGAGGUUGAACAGUUGGAUUACGGUUCUGAGCCAGAGGAUGAGAGAUUCUACUCUAUGGGUUCUGAGAAGGGAAUCUUGACAGAUGAGAAUUUCAGUCAUGUUAAGUGUGAAUCUGGUGAUGCACUGAGAGUUGGGCAGGCUAAUGAAGGAAGUGACAUAGAGAAGCAAGCUGUUGUAAACAUGAGCGAUUCACAUCCUAAGAAGGGCUCUUCUUCUCCUUCAAGGAGUUUUGGUUCAAAACCAUACAAGGAGGUGCCUUCACAUGAUGCAAUCCAGAGGAGAAGGCCUGAUACUUAUGAAGAGGUGAGCACGGGUCCAGAUAGGUUUGCUCGGAGAGACGACAGGUCAGGGAUGCGUAUGCGUAAUCGGAGUCCUCAAAGAGGGUAUUUUAGUGGUUGGGAUUCCAAACGACGCUUCUCCCCUCCUAAUUACAAAGAUGGUUCUUAUGGUUCCGGGCGUCCAUGGCAUAAAAGAAUGGCAGAUGAUCGAGGUAUGAUGAACGGCUUUGAUGAGUCAGGGUCAGGACAAGGACCAGGACCAGAACCAGAACCAGAGGGUUAUGUUCGUAGGCAAUUCUCAAAUGGUGGAUACAGAGGUCGGUUUAAGAGAUUCCCAGAUGGUGGGGAUCGUAAAUUCAGGGGCCCAUACACUGAUACAAACCAAUUUUCUGGUCGGAUGCACAACCGGAUGAGUGGUAAUAGGAGAGAGAGAGGUGGCUCUCCGGUUGUCAGGAGAUUGCACCACCCGCAAUCAGAGUCAAGAUCCAGAAGCCGUUCUCCAGUCUUGUGGAAUGGCCGUAACAGAUCACCUCCUCCUCCUCCAGGUGGGUUUAGAGCAGACGAGAGGAUGACGGAAAGAGUGAGGCUGCCUUUCCAGAAACGGUUUCCUGCAGAUCAGGAGAUGGGUUAUAUGUCACCUCCGAGAAACAGAAUGUCGUCGCCGAGGUUCUUUGAAGGGAGGAAUAAUGGUGCUGGAGAGAAUUAUAAUAGCUUCAGAGAAAGGAAGUUCCGGCCUGGACAGAGAUUUUAUGUCGGAAAUUCCAUGAGAAGACCGAAUUCUGACAACAACAACUUAAGACCAUUUAUUCCGAACAGAAGAUUUGACAAUCCGGAAGAGAGCACUGGUGGGAACAGGUUUGAGAUGACUCAGCAGCGAAGGACUCGACGGUCUGAGACCACAGAAGAUGGAGGUGAUGUUAUUCGACGGUUCAAGUUUAAUGAAGAACAACAGUCAGUGGUGGUAGCCAACGACAACAACAACAAAGAGUCAUGAUAACAGAUAACGUAAGAGACUUGUUUGGGUUCUUUCCAAUAGAAUCUCUCUUAUGUUAGUUUAGAUUUGUUUGUUAUGUUUGUUAUCCUAAUUUUAUUUUAGGAAGAGGUAAGAAAAAUGCCAUGGCGUCAUCUGUUACGUUUAUGACUGCUGGUAUUUUUGUUUUCUUUUAAAUUUUCUCAUUUUCUUUCUACAGAGUUUUUAGGGUUUUCUAGGCUUAAUUUGAUGCUGUUUUCCUUUUCUGGAAAUGAUUUCUAUAUUUGUAGAAAAUCAACAAAAUGAAAUCAAUAUCUUUUUUUCUUACCAUAUUUGUAGCUCAAAUGAAUUUUGUCAAUAAAAAAUGAGAAAAAUAGCACCAAUCUUGAGAUGGUACAAGGACAAACUU